UUUCAUCAAAUUUUCCCGCUGUUUCCUUCCAAAAGAAAUUUCCACCUUAAUUUUCCCGCCGUUUCCUUCAUUUCAGUUCACCACCGAUACUCAAACGCAGAGAAAGAGAGACAGAGAGAGAGAAGGAUGAAUGCUCCGACGAAGAAAAAGAUUCAGAAGAAGUGCAAAAUCAGAGGCUAUAAUAUCAAACCCGAAGCCCUAGACGAGAUCCUCUCAUUCGUUAUUCGAUUCGAACUCACCGAACAAGACGAAGCCAUCGAGCUCGUCCUCGAACAGCUUGAACACGAAUCCAUCAAAUCUACAGUAAUCGACGUGGAGCCAGUUCAACGAGUAGUGAACUUGCUAUUGGAAGCCGACGCGAAGGAGGAAGAAACUUUUGAAGCCUUCGCUUCCUCUUCUUCCGCUAUUGCCGUCAUUGACGUGUUCGAUGUUCCCAGAUAUAAAUAUGACGCUAUCAGAAGGAAUUUCUACCGGUGCCCAGAAAGCUUACCUCUUAAGGGAGACGCAGCAGCCAAAUCUGCAUUGUACAGGGAUAGAUUUCUGUUGUUGUCCCAGAGGCUCUCUCGUGACCAAAAUUUUUCGAAACCUGCUUUUGAGUCUGAACGUUCCCAAUUCAGGAGUCGUGAGAUAUCUCCUAUUCAAUCUCUAGUUGGGCAAAAAGGUAGAAAAUGGGUAAUGGGAGUAAUAUCUCAGCUGGAGGAUGGGCAUUUUUAUUUGGAAGACCUUACCGCUUCAGUUAAAAUCAGUUUAUCUGAUGCUAAGAUUACUACAGGAUUCUUUUUAGAGAACACCAUAGUUGUGGCUGAAGGCGAGAUGGUAUCUGCUGAGGGUAUUUUUCAGAUUUAUUCAUGUGGAUUUCCUCCAUUAGAGGAUAGAGAUAAAUCACUUCAAGUGCUAGCAGGCCAUGACUUUUUUGGUGGUGGUACUUUUACAAGAGAAGAAGCAAUCAGACAGGAAGAGAUGGAGAAAAGAGCAGUCAAUGACAUGUUUGUCAUACUAUCUGAUAUUUUUGUAGACCAAGAAGAGGCUAUGGGAAAGCUAGAGAUUGUUCUUGAUGCUUUUGAGAGCGAGGAAGUCGUUCCUUCCUUAUUUGUUUUCAUGGGAGACUUCUGUUCUGAGCCAUAUACACAAGCAUCAGGCUCUUUCUCGAUCCUGAGGUUGCAGUUUGGCAGGCUAGGGAAAAUUAUUGCAGCCCGUUCAAGGUUAAAAGAGAACAGCCGAUUUCUUUUUAUUCCAGGUCCUGGUGAUAUAGGUCCUUCAACAGUUCUUCCUAGGUGUAGAUUACCUAAAUGUUUAACUGAGGAGCUCCAAAAGUAUAUUCCCGAUGCCAUAUUUUCAAGCAAUCCAUGCAGGGUAAAAUUCUAUACACAAGAAAUUGUAUUUUUCCGCCAGGAUCAGCUGUAUAGCAUGAGUCGUUCUUCUCUAGUGCCACCUUCUGUGACAGAAACUACUGAUCCUUUUCAGCAUUAUGUUGCCACCAUAACCCACCAGAGUCAUCUCUGUCCACUGCCUCUAACUAAACAGCCCAUCAUAUGGAAUUAUGACCAUGGCCUUGAUUUAUAUCCAACUCCGCACACGAUAGUCUUAGGAGAGAGAAGUCCACAGAAGGCUUUUAAAUACACAGGAACCACUUGUUUUAAUACCGGAUCCUUCUCGAGGGAUAGUACGUUUGUAGUGUACCGUCCUUGUUCUCAGGAAGUUGAAUUGUCAUCCUUGUGAAUCGAAUAUGGUUCUCAUCCUCAAAAUAUCAGCAUGUCGAACCUGCCUGCUUCACUGUUAUUUUAUUUAUCAGAUAUUUAAAGCAAGGCAAUGAAUGGAGCGGGGAAUCUGGUAUUGCUGCUUUUUGGGAGGGUUGAAGUCACCACCAUUUUGUUUUAGAAAAACUGUUUUUUGAAUAGUGCUAUACUACAGUUAUUUUUGACAUAUCAACGAAGCCUUUCCUCAUUUAGUAAGAGAUGUCAAAUAGCAAAGAUGCUAACUUUUCUAAUUCAUCAAUUUUCAUUACUACCAUUAACCA